AUGACAAUACCAAUUCGUAAAUCCCACCCAUUGUUUAAAAUCCUGAAUGGGGCCAUCGUAGAUUUGCCAGCUCCUGCCAAUAUUUCGACUCUCUGAAAUUUUGGAUCUCUUCUAGGUUUAUGUUUAGUAAUUCAGAUUGUUACAGGUCUUUUUCUAGCUAUGCACUAUACAGCUCAUGUAGAUUUAGCUUUCUCAAGUGUUGCUCAUAUUUGCCGUGACGUUAAUUACGGAUGACUCUUACGCACUCUUCACGCCAAUGGAGCUUCUUUCUUUUUCAUUUGUUUAUAUAUACAUACAGGGCGUGGUAUUUAUUAUGGAUCCUUCCUAUAUUUACAUGCCUGAUCUGUGGGAGUUGUUAUUCUUUUGUUAGUUAUAGCAACAGCUUUCUUAGGUUAUGUCUUACCUUGAGGACAAAUAUCUUUUUGAGGAGCAACUGUUAUUACAAACUUAUUCUCUGCUAUCCCUUACAUCGGAACUGACCUAGUUCAAUGAAUUUGAGGAGGGUUCGCCGUAGACAACGCUACACUAACCCGCUUCUUCACUUUUCAUUUCUUAUUCCCAUUUAUUGUAGCUGCCGCUACUAUCAUUCAUAUUCUUUUUAUUCACCAAACAGGUUCUAAUAAUCCUCUUGGGAUUGUAAGAAAUGUAGAUAAAGUACCUUUCCACCCUUACUUCACAUUUAAAGAUAUUACUGGAUUUAUCGUUAUAUUAGCCGCUUUAAUUUUAUUAACCCUGCUUAACCCUUAUCUUUUAGGAGAUCCUGAUAAUUUUAUCCCUGCCAAUCCCUUAGUCACUCCUGCACACAUUCAACCAGAAUGAUAUUUCUUAUUUGCCUACGCUAUUCUCCGUUCUAUUCCUAACAAGUUAGGAGGAGUCAUCGCUCUUGUUAUAUCGAUUCUUAUCUUACUUGUUCUACCAUUUACUCAUGCUGCCAAGUUCCGAAGCCUAACAUUUUACCCAUUGAAUCAAGUUAUAUUCUGAUCUUUAGUUAGAAUUGUUUUCCUUCUUACCUGAAUUGGAGCACGACCGGUAGAAGAUCCUUAUGUCCUUACUGGGCAGAUUCUUACUGUUCUCUACUUCUCUUACUAUGUCAUUAACCCUCUAACUCUUAUUUGAUGGGAUAAAAUACUAGAUUA